UUGUAUAUUCGAGAUCGAUUAAUAUGUAAUAUUUUAAGGAUUUGUUACACUGGCCACAAUUUAACUUACCUCGUUUUCUCCAAUGCCUACUGUUUUCAGGCUAUUGAAAAUCUCGGACGGAGUCCACCCAAACGUGAACGUCGGUCGCGCUGGAAAAACAUUGUGGCCGCCUGUGGUUCGCCAUUCUCGUGGCACUGGUUCAAUCCUUUCGAUCAACCCCCUCCGCUGUCACCUAUUUUCCCUGAGUUCAAAGAUGAUACAUUCCCAUUGUUGAGCAGUGUCCGUUCCGGCUCGAGCACAACUCUAACUGAAACCACCCUGACUUCUGCACACGACGGCCAUGGUACAGAUCCGUCCAGUUCAUUGCUUUGGUCGGGCACUCAUGCAUAUCGUCUGGUUUCUGGAUCCAGGGAUAUUUUAACUCUUUAG